AAUAAAGUCAUGUGGCCGCGUACUCUCACACAGGAGUCUUUCCUGAAGAAGUCAUCGUCUGGCGAACACACUGUGGUGUGUCGCACAAGAUUCUCAAAUAAUGGUAUUGUUGCACGUGCUAUUCGAACAUGCGGCGGGUUACGCGCUGUUCGCCGUCAAAGAGGUUGAAGAGAUUGGAAUGCUGCUACCCCAGGUGGAGGAAAGCGUCCUGAACAUUGGCAAGUUCAACAAUGUAGUGAAACUAGCAGCAUUCUUCCCUUUUAAGUCUGCACAGGCUGCCCUGGAGAACAUAAAUGCAAUCUCUGAAGGAGUUGUGCAUGCGGACCUGAAGCUCUUCCUGGAGACAAAUCUGCCCUCUGGUGGUAAAACCAAGGCAGUGCUGGGUGUGGCAGAUGCCAAAGUGGGGGCUACGCUUCAGGAGGAACUGGAGCUCUCCAUUCAGACCGGUGGUGUGGUAGCAGAGAUCAUCAGAGGUGUGCGUCUGCACUUCCACUCCCUGGUGCGUGGCCUGACUGCGCUGGCGGCCUCCAAAGCGCAGCUGGGUCUGGGCCACAGCUACUCGCGCGCUAAGGUCAAGUUCAAUGUCAACCGAGCCGACAACAUGAUCAUCCAGUCCAUUGCUCUGCUGGACCAGUUGGACAAGGACAUCAACACGUUCUCCAUGCGUGUGCGUGAGUGGUAUGGCUAUCACUUCCCAGAGCUGGUGAAGAUUGUGCCUGACAACUCGACGUACUGUCGUAUGGCCAAGCUGAUCGGGAAUCGGAAAGAACUGAGCGAGGAGAACCUGGAAGCCAUGGAGGAGGUUGUAAUGGACAGUGCCAAGGCCCAAGCCAUCCUAGAUGCUUCCCGAAGUUCCAUGGGUAUGGACAUCUCUCCUAUUGACCUAAUCAACAUUGAGAGCUUCUCCAGUCGGGUCGUAUCAUUGACUGCCUACCGGCUAGAACUCCAGGAGUACCUGCGCUCCAAAAUGACCCAGGUUGCCCCCAACUUGGCUGCUCUCAUUGGAGAUGUGGUGGGUGCACGUCUGAUCUCUCACGCCGGCAGUCUGACGAACCUGGCCAAGUACCCGGCGUCCACGGUGCAGAUCCUGGGCGCAGAGAAGGCCCUGUUCAGAGCCCUGAAGACAAAAGGAAAUACACCCAAGUAUGGUCUGAUCUUCCACUCCACUUUCAUCGGACGAGCUGCUGCCAAGAACAAGGGUCGCAUCUCCCGUUACCUUGCCAACAAGUGCACGAUUGCUUCCCGUAUUGACUGCUUCUCUGAGGUGCCCACCAGUGUGUUUGGUGAUAAGCUGAGAGACCAGGUGGAGGAGAGGCUUGCGUUCUAUGAGACUGGCGACGCACCCCGCAAGAACGUCGAAGUCAUGAAGGAAGCUGUGAAAGAGGCCGGAGAGGUUGCAGCUGAGAUCAAACGAAAGAUGGACAAGAAAGAGAAGAAACGCCUGAAAAAGGAGAAGCGGAAGUCCGAGGCCCUCUCCACAUGCGAGGGAGAGGAGGAAGAGGUCAAGCCCAAGAAGGCCAAGUCCAACGGAGAUGCCUCAUCACAGGAGAAUGGCGAGGCGGAGGCUGAGGUGACGGUCAAGAAGAAGAAAAAGAAGCAGCAGGCUGCCGAGGAGGAGAUGGAAGUGAAAGAGGAGGGUGAGGAGGAAUCUGUGGAGACGACCACUCCGAAGAAGAAGAAAAAAAAGAAGCAGGCUGAAGAGGUGAAGGAGGACGAGGAGGAAGCAGUCUCCGAGAACGGAGUCGAGGAGGACACGCCGUCUAAGAAAAAGAAGAAAAAGGUGAAGGCGGAGGCUGAGGAAGAGACUGCAGAGCCAGUGGCAGAGCCUGUAUCAGAAAAGAAGAAAAAGAAAAAGGCCAAGAAGGAGGCUGAGGACGAGUGAAUGAAUGGUUUCACACCUCUAAGCGAGGGGAAAAUGAACUGAACUGAAUCUUUAUUAUUUUUUUUUCUUAGUAUUGUACAGCUUUCAUUUGUAUUUUAUGUCAUGAGUUCCCAGGUUAUCCUUGCAGGUGAGCAAGGUGGGAAUGAGCUAGGAAAGGCCUAGGUAUACCCGCUAAGCUCUUUGUUUUUUUUAACCAUUGUAUAUAGUGUCUCAGUUCUUCAUGCACCUUCUGACAUUCAGCUUUGUGCCUUUAGGCUCUACAGGAUGUUCCACCAGGCCAUUUGGUCACUAGUGGUCAGUGCUUAAAUUGCUUGGUGGCAUUGUGUGUGCAAACUGUAAUUGUGAAAUCAAAUUAAACCAUGUGGAUUUUGCAGUA